UCGCUGCGCAUCAUCAUGAGUGCGCUGAAGCUGAUUGUCCUUCUGGCACUAGGAUGCGUUACGAAUGGAUUUGUUAUUCCCUUUAAGGGCUUGGAAUUGAAAAAGCAUGCCUUUCUGAGCCAUGUUGACAAUAUCAAAGAUCACAAAAUUGAAGCUCUGAAAUCCCUGGCUGGAAAAAUUAUCAUAGAAAAACCAUAUGCGCCACCAGUUGAUCCUCCUACACACUAUGGAGAAACUACAACUACUACUGCAGCACCACCACCACCACCUUUUCCCUACGCGCCACCUGUGAGUCCUCCAACGCACUACGGAGAAACAACAACUACCACAACAGCUGCUCCUCCUCCAACAACCGUUACAGUUCCAGUCACGACAACCCCACCUCCGCCACCUCCACCUCCUCCAACAACAACCACCACUACAGAGGUGCCAACGUAUCCGCCCUAUGUCCCUGCCAAGGAAUAUGGACCUCCAACAGAUCCUCCGAUCGAACAUCCGACCAUUCCUCCAUAUGUCCCACAUAUCGAAUAUGGACCUCCAACAGAUCCCCCCAUCGAACUUCCAACAAUUCCUCCAUAUGUCCCACACACAGAGUAUGGUAUCCCACAAAUCCCCGUUAUCCCAGAAAUCCCGGAAAUCAUAACCAUCCCACCUCCAGAACCCCACAACCCAGAAGACUGCCCGAAAACCUACCUCCAACCGGUCCUGUACCAGGUCCAAGAAACCUUCGGAGCCCAACCCGAUGGCGAGAUCAUUGUCUACCCGCCAACUUCCGACUCAGACCCGGAUCCAAAGUCGGUGGUGAUUCCGGUGAAGUCAGACAACGUGCGACCCGUUGUUGUUGGAGAACUGCAGGAACCGGUGAUUCCGGUUGUUGAGACCCUUCCCGCCCAGACGGUGCAAGCACUGCCGGUGAUCGAGUACAGUCAAGGCUCGCAAGGAAAUACUUUGUGGGGUGCAGAUGCGAUAGUGUUUUCUGAGGUUGAAACGCCCGAUCAAACGUCGACAGCGGAGUUUUCCGGGUAUGAGUAUGAAAUGCCGCAACCUGUGAGCGGUCUCAAUGUUCCAUGGUGA